CAUUGUAAGUCAACUAUACUUCAGUUAAAAAAAGUGGGAGAUAAUACUAAAUGUUCGGGUGCCAGGAAGACACCUGGGAAGAAUCAGAGCUUGAGAAGGAAGACCCACGGCACAGGGACCUAGACCAGGGUUGCAAAGGCUGGAGCUGGGGCGUUGGAGGCUCAUUUCAUUGAGUUCCUGUCCCAGGAGCCGGGAGGCGUCAUGGGACUUGAAAGGACUGGGAUGGGUGAGACCAGCGUUCUAGGUUCAGGUAUUUGCCAGCGUUGUUGCUGUUUGAUAGGCAGGGUUUUUUUCAUUUUCAAUCUCUUUUUUAAAUCUUUGCUUUAAGAACAUUUAUCGACGUAAUGCAUAUAUAUAUAUAAAAAUAAAAUUUUAAAAAUCUUAAAAGAAGGCUAGCAGGCCCUGCCCAAUUCCCACCCUAACUCCCAGUUCAACUCCCUAAAAGCAAUAGACCCUUUCAUCUGUUUCUUAUGACAGUGACCUUGACAUUCUAAAUAAUAUUUUCAGACUUCUAUUUUUUGGUUUAUUUAUAUUAUACAAGAACUUAAAUUUUCUUACAUGGCUCUUUUUUUUUUUUUAGCUUAUUUUCCCAAUAAAUCUAUGAUUUUGGGGGGGGGCAUAAUACAGUUAUCAGGGCUUACAUCUUCAUCACUCUAUAAAAACCAUUCCUUAAUUUUUACAUCUACCUAUACUUCCCCAUCGCAAACAGUCCAUCAAAUAUGAUAUUCUUUUGACCUCUCUCCUUUGUGGGGUGGGAGUGGAGCAUCCAGAACUCAAGGCCAGCCUCCCCUCGCAUCUCUGGGCCCCUGCACAGCUGUCCUCCGAGACUUCUCUGCCUCUCUCCUGGGUUGAAUCCCCUCUCCUGGGUCCUUGUCUUCUUGGUUUACUCUUGGUUUUGUUGGCAUUUACACAUUUACAAUCCACAUGUAGUUUCCCAAAAAAGAAUACAAAGACAUGUAAUUUUUUGAGUCCUUUACAGACCUGAAAACAUCUUCAUUCCAUGCUCAUGCGUUAAUAAGUUUUGAGGAGGUAUAGACUUCAAGGUGAAAUACCGUUUAACUUAGAAUUUUGAAGCCAUUUAUCUGAAGUCUUACAGAACCUAGUGUUGCUGCUGAGGAAUUUGAUCUCUUCCUUCUUUACUUGUCAACUGUUUCUCCUGCCUCUGGAAGCUUUUAGGAUCCUUUACAUUCAUCGCAUUGGCUGUUCUGGGAGAAAUGUUUGUAUUAUUUGAUAAUCGCCUCCCACCCCGCCCCUGCCCUGUUUCUCUCUGACCGUCUUUUGGAACCCUUUUUACAAUUGGACGGUAAACCUCUUAGAAUGAAAUAGCACCUCUCUCGGUCUUGGGUUUCCCCUCCCUCUUUCAUUUUGUUGUGCUUUCCAGAGUAUUCCUUUCAUGCUAUUUUCCGACCUUCUAAUGAUUUUUAAUUUUAGCAAUCAUGUUUUAGGUUUCAGCAGCCUUUUUUUGUUUUCUAAGUGUUCCUCUUUCAAGCCUGCUCCUCUGGUUUUGUGGAUGUCUUGUCUUCUUACCUGUCUCUGAACAGUCAAAAUCAGUGUUUUGAUUUUUUGAAAGCUCUCACUAGCGGUUCCCCUUUUCUGGUUCUAUUUGUAUUUUCUUUCUUUCUAGAGGCUUUCCUCAGGUGCCUCUGUCAAUCUUUGGCAUUUAUAUUAGUUUGCUAGGGUGGCCAUAACAAAAUCCCACAGACUGGGUGGGACACUUAUUUUCUCACAGUCCGGAGCCUGGACAUCCGAGGUCAAGGCGUCAGCAGGUUUGGUGUCUUCUGAGGCCUCCCUCCUUGGCUCGCAGACGGCCACCUCCUCACUGUGUCCUCACAUGGCCUCUCCUCUGUGCGUGUGCCCCAGUGUCUCUUCCUCUUUUAGAAGAACACCAGUCCUGUUGGAUCAGGGCCCACCCUAAUGGCCUCAUUAAAACAUAAUAACAUCUUUAAAGACCCCAUCUCCAAGUACAGUCAUGUUAGGAGUGAGGACUUCAACAUACAAAUUUCGGGGGCCACAAUUCAGUCCGUAAGAGAUUCCAUCCCAGUUGAAAAGCAGGCACUAGCCUGCUGAUGGGGCCCCUGGGUGUUCUGCUCCCCCACGACCAGUGUCCUGUCUUCGUGUUGACACGUGGGGAGCUGGCUGCUUUGCUGGCGCCCCGCUUCCCUUGCACAGAGGGCUUCUCUCUGGGGUCCUGUGUUCCCAGCACAGAGUCAUUCUCCCCUCUCCCACCUCAGGUAGAGCAGCUUGGCUGCCAGGUCCUGUGUGUGAGGCAGGACAGAGGCCGAGGGAUCCAAACAUUCCAUGUCCAGGUGCCCCCCCCCCCGAUUCUCUGCCACCUCAGCCCCAAGUUUUCCUCGUUUCUCCAGAGAAGACAUUGCCGGGCUCCUUCUGACUUCUGUGCAGAGAAGGGUGUCGAGAGCUGCCUGCUGUGCAUGUAAGCAUGGAGCCUUUCCCAAAGCCUCCCCGCACAGCCCCUGACAGGCCUGGGCCUCCCAGCCCUGAGCUGCCCUGGGGUCUGCUGGCCUCAGAGUCCUGUCACCACACACCUGGAGUUGUGACUUGCUCUGUCCUCCCGAGUCGGUCACACAUCCAGUAGCAUUCUGUCUUCCAAACCUAUGAUGAAACCUCACAUGCACUGUUCCCCUGACCACUCUUCUCCCGGAAGAGUGUUCAGCUUUAUUGUUUUCAUGCUUGAGUCAAGAGGGAGAGGACACGGACGCAUAUAUUCAACCAACCAUCUUUGCAGGAAGCUCUCAAGACUGUUUUUUUUUUUUUGAUAAAUUAUGAAAUAUUUCAAACGUAAGGGAAGUAUACAAAAAGAUACCAGGAACACGCUGCAUACACAUCACCAAGCUUCAUCAGACCUCAUCAUUUCACCGUAUUUUUUCAGAGCUUUCCUAAAAGUAAGCAUUAAGGACGCAGUGGGAGCUCUUUCUUCUCCUCCCCCGGCCCGCCCACAUGGAGACGAUCACCGUGGUGACUCUGUGUAGCCCAUUUACAGACGAGCACCAUUGCGACUCUGUUUAGAUCAUUUACAAGCGUGGCCCCCCAACCCCCAGCAUUUGCUACCUUCAGGUGUAUCCACAAACCAUUGUCCUGCUUUUCCUGUUUUCCAAAUUUAUAUCGGUAGCAUCAAACACUACUUGAUUUUUUGCACAACAUUAUAUUUUCUAGAUUUUAUGAUAUUAAUACAUGCCCCUCCAGUGGAUUUGUUUCCAGUGUUGAACGAGGAGCCUCAGUUUAUCAGUUCUUUUAUUGAGGGAAACUUAAGUUGUGUCCAGUUUCUAUUACAAAUGUGACUCUAGUCAGUGUCUGCUGACGGGGGUCUCGUCAGGGUAUGUUCCUGGGUAUGGGACCGUUCCAGCAGACCCAUGGCUAGACUCAGCAAGACUGGACGUUGCAGAAUGGUUGUGCCAUUGCACGGCCCCAUCGGCGGAGGACCACACUUUUAUUGCCCGCUUUCUUUCCAGCAUGUGACAUUGUAUGUUUUUUACAUUUCUAACAGUCUGAUUAGUGUCAAAGCAGCUUUUUAAAAUGAAGACCUGUGCUGUCACUCCCAGAAGCGUGUAUGAGGGAUGCGUAAGCCUUCUUUUGCAUUAUUGCCUGUAGCUUUAACUCAAGAGUGUGGGUAAGGACUUAAGUGAUAUAUUAUGUUAUACAUUUUGAUGUUAAGUAAUAUUAUGACUAUCAGUUUUAAGAGUUUUUGCUAAAGUUCUUAAAAGGAUACACUUUAUGAACGUACAUAAUGAGCACUGAUACCAAAUAAUUCUGUUUUUCAAACACUGAAGAUUGAAUUUAAGCCAGGUAGAUGAUCUACAAACCAUCGGAAUAUCUAAUACAGCUUCUCUUAACUCCUUUUGGUUUAGGAAAUAUUUAAAUGGACCUUCAAAAAUGCUAGGUUUACAAUGAGAAAUGUUAUAAUUAAAUGUUUACUCUGUGGAUCCUUUACAUUUGGCAUCUGGACAGCUGUCUUUACUAUAUAUUUUCCCAAUAAUCAUGUGGGGAACCAGGAGAAGAUACCCUUGAAGAAAGAAGAUCCAUUUAUUUGGUCCCUUGGAGAAGAAUUGCACGAGCAAACCUUCCAAGGCUCAGAGCAAAUACCAAGGCCACAUGUAAGCACUGGCAGUUCUAGUAAAGAUGAAAUUAAAGAACAGAAGCCAAUUUUGAAACUACGUGACGAUUUUAACUAUUCGGACCCAGAGCUUUUUCAUGGAUUUUUAAAAUAUGGAUUAAAUUCCAUUAUCAGUAAAAGAUUGGGCAGCUACAGAGAUGUGCCGGAUACCAGGGAUAAACUGUGUCAUCGAAAACAGUACCCAGUCACCCUCCCCACUGCCAGCAUCAUCAUUUGCUUCCACAAUGAAGAAUUUAAUGCCUUGAUGCGGACAGUGUCCAGUGUUAUGAGCCUCACUCCACAUCAUAUCCUUGAAGAAAUUAUCCUGGUAGAUGACAUGAGUGAAUAUGAUGAUCUGAAGGAGAAACUAGACUACCACCUGGAAAUUUUUCGGGGAAAGAUUAAAAUAAUACGAAACAAAAAGAGAGAGGGACUGAUGCGAGCAAGGCUGGUUGGGGCGUCACAUGCUUCAGGGGACGUUCUGGUGUUCCUGGACAGCCACUGCGAGGUGAACAAAGCAUGGCUGGAGCCCUUGCUGCAUGCCAUUGACAAGGACCCCAAAGUGGUCGUGUGUCCUCUGAUCGAUGUCAUUGACGAUAUGACCCUGGAAUACAAGCCCUCUCCUGUAGUGAGGGGAGCUUUCAACUGGCACCUGCAAUUUAAGUGGGAUCUUAUUUUCUCUUACGAGCUGAAUGGACCAGAAGGACCUACUAGACCUAUCCGGUCACCAGCAAUGGCUGGAGGAAUUUUUGCUAUAAAUAGGCAUUAUUUUUAUGAACUUGGACAGUAUGACAAGGGCAUGAAUCUCUGGGGAGGCGAAAACAUGGAAAUUUCACUCCGGAUCUGGAUGUGUGGAGGCCAGCUCUUAAUAAUCCCCUGCUCUCGAGUAGGACAUGUGGUUAAGCAACACAUCACAAAUCAAACUGAAGUUGCAAAAGCCUUGGCAUUUAACAACCUCAGGGUGGUGCACGUUUGGCUGGAUGACUACAAGGAGCAGUUUUUUUUACGAAGACCUGAUCUAAAAUCUCUUGACUAUGGAAACAUUAGUGAGCGUGUUGAAUUAAGGAAACGAUUGGGUUGCAAGUCAUUUCAGUGGUAUUUGGAUACUGUCUUCCCAGAAUUGGAGACAGCUGAGUAAAACUGAUGAAAGGAAAACCAAUCGUCAUUAAUAAAGGGUUAAAAAGUCCCCUAGUCCUUCAAUAUAGAGAAGAGGACAAGUUUGGAACAUCGUGAAAUACAGUAAAAAAUACAACCAGAACGGGUCUACAACACAAGCGCCUUUUCUUUCCUCCUUUAAUGACAGCUCUGAGGACUCUGUUAUUCAUCUGCCACUAAAUUUCUAGGGUGGCAAGACCUUGACAUUAAUGCUGUCACACAGUUAAGAUUAUCAUGCAGUUGAUGGAGAUAAAGUGUGUUAUCUCCAAUUAUUUCCCAAACUCGCUUGGUCCUACUAACACAGCAGGACCCUGUGGGGUCCUC